GCCUACCAUUCAACGUUAACUGACUACAGUCAAACAGUUGGGAAUCUUGCAAUCUUACCACUUCGAACUUCGUUCAGAGGCCCCGCCCCAACGAGCUCCGAUAUUGAGUUGGAUAUAAUAGAUGAAGCGCUGAACUAUUUUAAAGCAAAUGUAUUUUUUAGAUUUUAUGAAAUAAAGUCUGAUGCUGACAGAGUUUUAAUUUACCUAACAUUAUAUGUAUCGGAAUGUCUCAAAAGACUGCAGAAGUGUUCCAGCAAAAAUCAAGGUCAACAAGAGAUGUACAUGUUGGCUAUAUCCAAGUUUGACAUUCCUGGGGAACCAGGUUUCCCGCUCAACUCCGUAUAUGCCAGGCCUACCAGUCAGCAAGAAUCUGAUUUAAUGAGGCAGUAUUUACAACAAUUGAGACAUGAGACUGGGACAAGAGUGUGCGAGAAAGUAUUUGCCACUGAAGAUGGAAAACCAAGCAAGUGGUGGCUCUGCUUUUCCAGAAGGAAAUUCAUGGAUAAAUCUUUGUCUGGCCCUGGACAGUAA